AUGAUCAAGCUCAGGAGAAACCACACUACAAUAUCGAAUCCCAACAACCCUGAUUCUGCCUGCGGCAAGAGCAGCACCUCAUCCACUAAUCUCAUCAUAGCAUUGUCGGUCUUAUUAGGCUCUUCACUGUUACUGCUUCUUGCUACGUCUGCCUUCUUCCUAUUCUAUUCCAAAUACAGAAAAUCUGCAGUGGUUUGUCCAGCUGGAGGAGUGAACGUGAUGCCCAGCUUCAGUUUCAAGGAGCUGCAAGAAGCUACCGAUGAAUUCAAGGACGAAUUAGGCAGGGGUGCUUGCUCCAUAGUGUAUAGAGGGGCACUCAAAGAUGGCAGAGUUGUGGCCGUCAAGAAGCUCGACAAGAUGGCCGAAGAUGCCGAUGGUGAAUUCAUAGCCGAAGUGAGCUCAAUCAGCAAGACCAACCACAAGAAUCUUAUGAGCUUGCUAGGGUAUUGUGAUCAAGGGCAGCACCGGAUUUUGGUGUACGAGUUCAUGACCAACGGAUCUCUAGCUACCUUCCUCUUCCAGAAAUCAGCCAGGCCCAACUGGUAUACAAGACUGCAGAUUGCAUUUUCAAUUGCAAGAGGCCUCUGCUAUUUACACGAAGACUGCAGCGCCCCAAUCAUACACUGCGACAUCAAGCCUCAGAACGUGCUUUUGGAUGAGUCCUUCACCCCCAAAAUAGCAGAUUUCGGGCUAGCCAAGCUUAUGAAGCCAGAUCAGACAAGAACCAUCACCGGAAUAAGGGGGACUAGAGGCUACGUGGCUCCCGAAUGGUUCAGAAACAUGGCUAUAACCGUCAAAGUUGAUGUUUACAGCUUCGGAAUCUUGCUACUGGAGCUGCUCUGCUGCAGAAAGAAUUAUGAAGAGGAUGUAGAAGAUGAGGGAGAAGCUGUUCUUGCUGAUUGGGCUUAUGAUUGCUAUCAACAAGGGGCCUUAGAUUUGUUGGUGGGGGCCGAUGAGGAUGCCAGGAACGAUAUCAAAAUGUUUGAGAUAUUUGUGAAGACGGCAAUUUGGUGCAUCCAAGAAGAUCCAACAAUGAGGCCUCACAUGAAAAGAGUGAUGCAUAUGCUUGAAGGAUCCAUCCAAGUCCCUGCUCCUCCAGAUCCUACUGUAUUUCUCACUUAUUAA